AGUCAUGAGCCAGACACCAACCCCAGCUGAGGCACUCAAUGACAAGCCUGAAGAAAAGAGUUUUGCCUUUGGAGUUCCUGACAUCAUUGUUGUUGUCAUUUAUUUCAUCUUUGUCAUAGCUGUAGGAAUAUGGUCUUCUCUUCGGGCCAGUCGAGGAACAGUUGGAGGCUAUUUCUUGGCUGGAAGAUCCAUGACAUGGUGGCCUAUUGGAGCAUCUCUGAUGUCAAGCAAUGUGGGGAGUGGCCUGUUCAUUGGUCUAGCAGGCACUGGAGCUGCGGGAGGACUGGCAGUUGGGGGCUUUGAGUGGAAUGCCACCUGGGCACUGAUAGUCCUUGGCUGGAUCUUUGUACCAGUUUACAUCUCUUCUGGAGUCGUUACUAUGCCAGAAUAUCUGAAGAAAAGAUUUGGAGGGCAAAGGAUUCAAAUCUACCUAUCUGUACUAUCCCUCAUUUUGUAUAUAUUCACCAAAAUUUCAACAGAUAUUUUUUCUGGUGCACUUUUUAUCCAAGUGUCCCUGGGUUGGAAUCUCUAUCUCUCUACUGUGAUCUUGUUAGUAGUGACAGCUGUCUACACCAUAGCUGGUGGUUUGACUGCAGUUAUAUACACAGAUGCCCUACAGACUGUAAUCAUGGUACUUGGUGCUUUGGUUCUUAUGUUCAUAGGCUUUGAGAAAGUUGGGUGGUAUGAAGGACUGCAAGAGAAGUAUAGUAAGGCAAUACCCAACUUCACUGUUCCAAACACAUCUUGCCACCUGCCACGGCAAGAUGCUUUCCAUAUGAUGAGAGAUCCUAUCAGUGGGGAUAUUCCAUGGCCUGGGCUUAUAUUUGGCCUCUCGGUACUUGCUCUCUGGUGCUGGUGCACUGAUCAGGUCAUUGUGCAAAGGUCACUCUCAGCAAAGAGCCUGUCUCAUGCAAAAGGUGGAUCAAUAUUGGGUGGAUAUUUGAAAAUCUUUCCUAUGUUUUUUAUUGUCAUGCCAGGAAUGGUUAGCAGAGCUCUUUUUCCAGAUGAAGUGGGCUGUGUAGAUCCAGCAAUCUGUGAAAAAGUCUGUGGAGCUAAAGUGGGGUGUUCCAACAUUGCCUACCCUAAGCUGGUAAUGGAACUCAUGCCUGUUGGACUCCGUGGACUCAUGAUUGCAGUGAUCAUGGCUGCCUUGAUGAGCUCUCUUACCUCUAUUUUCAAUAGCAGCAGUACACUCUUUGCCAUAGAUAUCUGGCAGCAGCUUCGUAAGAAGGCUACUGAGCAGGAACUUAUGAUUGUUGGAAGGGUGUUUGUUCUGAUUCUCGUUGCCAUUAGCAUCCUUUGGAUCCCCAUCAUCCAGACAGCCAAUAGUGGUCAGCUCUUUGACUAUAUUCAGUCAAUAACCAGUUACCUAGCGCCACCCAUCACUGCUCUGUUUAUCCUAGCAAUCUUCUGCAGGAGGAUCAAUGAGCCAGGAGCUUUCUGGGGCCUAAUGUUUGGACUAGUAGUGGGUUUUAUCCGGAUGGUUAUGGAAUUCAUCUACACAGCACCCUCAUGUGGCGAGGAGGAUCAAAGACCAUCUGUAUUGAAAGAUGUUCAUUAUCUGUACUUUGCUAUUAUUCUGUUUGGGCUCACAGUUGCUGUUAUAGUCUUUGUGAGCCUCUGCACACCACCAAUUCCAGAAGAAAAUCUUGCCCGAUUAACAUGGUGGACUAGAUACAGCGAAACACCUGAAAAAGACAUGGAGAGCUGCACCCAUCAAAAUAUAGAAAUUACUUCCCAAAAGGAGGAGAAGGAUUCAGUAAUUUUGUCAUCAGAGAAUGUAGAUUUAACAAACAAAGAACAUGGAGAAGUGAAGCAUCCUUUCUGGAAGAAACUAUAUUUCUGGUUCUGUGGGAUUUCUGUCAAUCCCAAGCCCACUUUAACAAGAGAAGAGGAAAUAGCCACUCAGAAGAAGCUUACCAGCAUCAGGGAAGAGCCAGUGUGGAAAGCUGUUUGCAAUGCCAAUGCAAUUGUUCUUUUAGCUAUCAACAUCUUCUUAUGGGGGUACUUUGGAUGAGCUGAGUAAGCUCCUUGAGAAACUCAAAAGAUCAAGCUUGGUUUAGAAGAAUAACACAGGCAUUAACUGAUGAAAAUGGACAUACCUUGAAGAAAUAAGUUACAAAUUGUUGUUUAGAUCACUAAAUGGACCAGGAGUAAUGACUUGCAACCCAAGGUCUAAUUUCAUCUGGCCUUUGGCCUAAUUUCAAAAGAUUUCUGCAAACAAACAAUUCAGACUUGUAGAAAAAGCAAUCUGUCCCUUUCUUGGCAGGUUGUAGUUUUAGUUUUUAGUUUUCAAACUCCAUAUUUCUGUUGGUUAAAUAAGAAACAGUCUUGACUUACCUCAAAGGGUUAUCGUAAAACAAGAUAAAUGUCAAACAAAUACCAAAGGUGCUCUUAUAGAU